AUGCCCAAAUUCAUCGGCUCCAUGAAGCAGUUGAGGUACCUUGACUUGUCAGACUCUUUCCAGUUUGCAAUUGUUCCUCAUGAAUGGGGAAAUCUCACCGAGUUGGAAGUCCUCGAUCUCCAUGGUUAUUAUCACCCGGGUGCUGUUGACGACUUUCAGUGGCUUUCACAUCUUCAGGCAUUAAAGUACCUCGACAUGAGUGGAAUACAUGUUAACAAAUCUGGAGACUUCAUGCAGGUGAUCAGUGCACUCCCAUAUUUAUCCCAUUUGAGCCUAUCAAAUUGUGGGCUUUAUAACUUUCACCUGUCUUUUGAUUGCUUGGCCAAUUCUACUGCUCUUCAUCUUGAGUACCUCGAUCUUUCAAUGAAUUCAUUGGAGGGCCCCAUCCCAAGCAUUCCAUUUCAAAACAUGACUUCUCUCCAGCACCUUUAUCUUUUCUCAAACUCUUUCAACUCUUUAGUACCAAGGUGGUUCAAUAGCUUGAGAAGUCUUGUCAAUCUCAAUCUUGCAGACAAUUUGUUGCAAAGCAUUGAAGGAGGGUUGUUCUCCUUCUUAAGGGAACACACUUUCCUCGAGUCACUAUGUUUGAAUGUUAACGAACUUCAUGAGGAGAUAUUUUCAGUGGAGGGAAGUUCUUCGGGGCUUAUUGGGGAAAACUUCAAGCAACUGAGGAUAGGUAAAAAUAUGCUUCAGGGGACUUUGCCAGAUUGGCUGUUUCACUUGAAAAACCUGACGGUACUUGACCUAUCAUAUAAUCAAUUACAUGGAAUCAUACCAUCUCCGUAUGAUUGGGUAUGCUUGAGAGUACUUCUUCUUUCUGUUAAUCAAUUAACAGGGAAUAUUCCGGAUGCAUUUGGAAGAUUGCAAGUCUUAUCAAUUUUAGAUCUCAGCAACAAUCUUCUGAAUGGCACUAUUCCACAGAGUCUUGGACAACUUCAAUAUCUUUUCUCUUUAGAUCUUUCAGCAAAUUCCUUGCGAGGAACAAUUUCCAAAAUCCACUUCUCCAACCUCUCGAAGCUGCAGAUCUUAGAUAUCAGCAACAAUCAUUUAGCUAUCGAGGUGGAUUCUGACUGGAUACCACCUUUCAAUCUUCAAUACAUGGGGAUGGUGUCAUGCAAGUUCGGAACAGAAUUUCCACGAUGGAUAAGAACGCAAGCCGGUCUCACGAGGAUAUCUUUGUCCAAUGCCUCCAUUUCAGGACCAAUUCCAAAAGAUAUUGACCUAGCAAUGCCUCAUUUGACAAUCUUGAAUCUGAAUGACAAUCUCUUAAGUGGUUCAAUACCCACCUCAAUAUGCGAGAUGGAACAAUUGUAUGACUUGCACCUUGGGAGGAAUGAAUUAGUUGGCGAAAUUCCUACAUGUUGGAAGGAGAGCCCUAAGAGCCUCCUUGAUAUAUCAUCUAAUAAGCUGUCUGGAGUUAUACCGAGUUCUUUAGGAAAUCUCAUUAGGCUUACGUCAUUACACUUGAACAACAACAAGCUCCAAGGAGGAAUUCCCGUGACUAUAAAGUAUUGCAGGAACUUGCGGAUUUUGGAUCUUGGCGAGAACAAAAUCGCUAGUAGUGUUCCACAUUGGAUUGGACCAAGUUUUCCGUUACUACAGAUUCUUAGACUGCGAGAAAACAUGUUCAAUGGAAGCAUUCCUUCGCAACUAUGCUUACUCUCUGCGCUGCAAAUAUUGGACAUGGCAGUCAACAAUCUGACAGGAACGAUUCCAAAUUGUCUUGGCCAUAUGAAAGGUUUGAAACUGAACAAAAGCAUAGAUGAAGGCAACUCACUCGCUUCUCCAGACAUCCCUACAACGGAUUGGACUCAAGAGCAUGUGGAGCAGGUUGUGAAGGGGGUGGAUCUCGACUACACAACACUUGAUCUAAAGCUCAUGGUGAAUUUAGAUCUCUCGAGCAACAAACUGGUUGGGCCGAUUCUAAGAGAGCUUACCUUGCUCUCCGGAUUGCGAGGCUUGAACUUAUCACGCAACUUUCUUUCUGGUGGCAUCCCGACCAUGAUUGGAGACAUGAGAUUGCUCGAGUCACUUGAUCUUUCGAAUAAUCACCUUUCGGGAACAAUCCCACAAAGCUUUUCUGCAUUCAUAUCACUGAGCAAACUAGACUUGUCACACAACAACUUCACAGGGCCAAUUCCGAAAGGAAAUCAAAUCCAGACACUUGAUGAUCCUUCCAUUUACGCCGACAAUCCUCUACUUUGUGGUGAUCCUCUACAAAAGAAAUGCCCUAAAGCAGAGGCCCCUCGAGCGCCAAAAGAAGUUGCCAAUGAAGAAGGUAAGCUUGAAAAGGUAAUGUUCUACAUAGUAAUAAUGCUUGGGUUUGCGACUGGGUUUUGGGCAGUUGUUGGCAGUUUGGUGUACAAGAAGAACUGGAGACAAGUGUACUUCAACUUUGUGGAUCGUAAAGUAGACAUGGUGUACGUGAUUGUUGCGGUGAAGGCGGCCGAGUUGAGGAGGAGAUUGAGAAGAGUGUAA